CUGGGCGAUCAUUCAGUUUGAAGGCUCACUUAUUGAUUGAGGGACUUCCGAAGAGUUGAUUGAUUCCUUUGCAGUCCUACUCAAGGGAGCCAAAACAGAGUCGAGUUCCACACGAAUUCUCCAUGGCGCAUCGGUUGCUGAGGGAUCUGGAAGCUGAUGGAUGGGAGCGCUCCGAUUUCCCCAUCAUCUGCGAGUCUUGCCUUGGUGAUAACCCCUAUGUUCGCAUGACGAAAGCUGAUUAUGACAAAGAAUGCAAAAUUUGCACGCGACCAUUUACAGUUUUCAGGUGGAGACCUGGACGCGAUGCCAGAUAUAAGAAAUCUGAGAUUUGCCAGACUUGCAGUAAGUUAAAAAAUGUAUGUCAAGUUUGCCUUUUGGACCUUGAAUAUGGCUUACCAGUUCAGGUUCGAGAUACUGCCCUGUCUAUCAACUCCAACGAUUCUAUUCCUAAGAGCGAUGUGAAUAGGGAAUAUUUUGCCGAGGAGCAUGAUCGGAAGGCUAGAGCUGGUAUUGAUUAUGAGUCCUCCUUUGGAAAGGCUCGGCCAAACGAUACUAUUCUGAAACUUCAACGAACUACCCCCUAUUACAAGAGGAACCGUGCACAUGUUUGUAGUUUUUAUAUUAGGGGUGAAUGUACUAGAGGUUCGGAAUGCCCUUACAGACAUGAGAUGCCUGAAACUGGAGAGUUGUCCCAGCAAAAUAUUAAGGAUCGUUAUUAUGGGGUUAACGAUCCAGUUGCACUGAAGCUUCUUAACAAGGCUGGAGAGAUGCCUUCUCUGGAACCUCCAGAGGAUGAGAGUAUUAGAACCUUGUAUGUGGGUGGUCUUGAUGCUCGAGUCACCGAACAAGAUCUUCGUGAUAACUUUUAUGCUCAUGGUGAAAUUGAAUCCAUCAGAAUGGUGCUACAGCGGGCAUGUGCUUUUGUGACCUACACCACCAGGGAAGGUGCAGAGAAGGCUGCAGGAGAGCUUUCUAACAAGCUGGUAGUAAAGGGCCUUAGGCUGAAAUUGAUGUGGGGUAGACCUCAAGCACCAAAACCAGAGUCGGAGGGUUCUGAUGAAGCAAAGCAAGCAGCAGUGGCUCACAGUGGAAUGCUGCCGCGGGCCGUUAUCUCGCAGCAGCACAGCCAAUUACACCCUCCGGGAACGCAUGAUCAACCUCAACCUAUGCACUACUACAAUAUGCCGCCACCACCACCUCAGCAGGAGAGAGCAUUCUAUCCCUCAAUGGACCCUCAAAGAAUGGGAGCUUUGAUUUCGACUCAUGAUUCGGGGGCACCCCAUAGCGGACCUGCUAGUUCAACAGAAGCUAGACCCGGUUCGGAGAAACAACACCAGCAGGGACAUCAAUAUCCAUAUCACGCAAUGCACCCACCACCACCACAUGCACAAUAUCAACAGCAAUUUUAUCCGCCAUAUGGGUAUGUGCAGCAACAUUAUCCACAAUACCCUCCUUAUCAUUCGAACAUGCCACCCCCACCCCAGCCCCAGCCUCAGCCCCAGCCCCCUCCAGGUAGCCAUCAAUACCAGCAGCAUUCUGCACCACAAGGCUCUGCCCCUCAGUCGCAAGGAGGAGCAUCUUCAGGUUCAGCACCGCUGGGAUCGACGCCUUCAGCAUCUGCUCCAUCUUCAACUUCUUCUGAACCUGCAUCAUCAUAGAUUAGGUCUCCGACGACAAGUCUGGCUGUUGGAUGGGGAGGCGCGGGGCCUCUUUGUUGUUAUAUCGUUCCUAUGCUGUCAUGUCUUCAUUAUGUAAUAUGACACUCUUUUUACUUGAGAAUGAGCAAUUUGGAUUCACUGCUUCCAUUCCUUUGUCUGUUUUGAGUCCAAGUCCUUUGUUGUUAGUUUAGUCUAAACGAAAUAGAAGUGAAAUUCCUGUGUUACAGACAGCCCA